UUCCACUCAGCGCACUCGAGGAGGCGGUUGCUAGUCGUAGUAUCGAGCGACAGCACAUAGAAAAUGAAACGUUUUUACGGUCGCUAACACUCGCAUCGUCUAAAACUGCGGAGCUUCACCCUACGACCAACGGGGUUAAUCUCGUUCCCAGUGGUUAACAAAAUACAUAUCCACCGCUAGCUAGCUAGCAGCUAGUUAGUGCGCUAACCGUGGGGGCCGACGGUCGCAGGAUCAGCCUGCACAACCAGGAAGCUACAAGCGGCUAAGCUUCGGCGGUAGCCUCACUUUGAGCAAGGCACUGAUCAGAGUCAACACGGACAGAGGGAGAGAGUCUGCGGUGUUACACAAAAAGGUAAGUUCUGCUUCAUUCAACGAGUGUGGCCCGGGUCAAUACUAACAGUGGACGGCGUUCAACGGCAAUCCAAUAAUGGACCACUAACUCAGACAAAGACGGCCACAGAGAUGUCCAAGGCACCAGAUUCCCCACCGCGGUCUCGCACUAGAUCCCGGACCCGCUCCAGGUCCAGGUCUUACUCCCGGUCCCAUUCCCGAAGCCGCUCUCGCUCCAGGUCCAGGAAGCGUCGCUACAGUUCCCGGUCCCGGUCCCGCUCCAGGUCCCACUCUCCCCACAGGAACUACCCCAGCCGGGACUACCAGAACAACCGGGGCAACUACCGGGGGUACAACCGAGGCUACCGCCGGCCCUUCCAGUACCGGGGCAGGAACCGCGGCUACUACCCCCGCGGGCGCUACCAGAACCGCGGCGGCAACAACUACGGCUACCGGGCCAACAACUGGCAGGACGACGGCGGCGGAGGAGGAGGAGGCCGUGGAGGGGGAAGGGGCGGCGGCGGCGGCGGCGGAGGGGGAGGGGGCUGGCACGACCAGGACCACCACCACCACCACCACCCCCCCCAGCCCCACAGCCCCCGGCGGGGCCGCUCCCGCACGCCCCGGAAGCGCUCGGGAAGCCGCAGCCGUUCCCGCUACUCGGACCGCUCGUCGUCGGGGCACUCCCGGCACUCGCGGCGCUCCAGCUACUCGUCGCGCUCGCGCUCGCCCUCCCCCCGCCACCGCAAGGGCGGCACCAAGGGGAAGCCCGGCGCCAAGGAGCCCAAGGAGAAGGCCGGGGACGGCCCGCCUGAAGCCCGGGAGAAGAGCCAGGAGCGGCCCGACGGCAGCUCCAUAGAGAAGGUGGCCGGGGGGAAGUGGAUCGACUACGACACCAGCCCCAAGGCGGCCGGCGCCAAGGAGGACGCGGGCGGCUCCGGGAGCAAGGGACCCCUGUGGAGGACCGUCGGAGACGACCCGCCCCCCAAGGACACGUCCAAGAGCCCCCCCAGGGCGGGGCAGACGGCCACCUUCGGAGGGUUCGGCUUCUUCUCCAAGGAGGACCCCAAGGCCGGCGACAAGACGGGGAUCACCUCCGCGUUCAAAAAGUUCCUGGCGGAGACCAAGUCUGCGGACAAGGAUCUGGACCGGCAGGAGCGCGACCCGGAGAAGAGCAGCAGCAGCAGCAAGGCGGGCUCCGCCUACAGCCUGCCGGCCUCCGGCGCCUCCUUCAGGGAGGCCAAGGAGGAGAAGGUGCUGCCCUUCUUCGCGGCGGGCGAGGAGGAGUUCCUGAAGGCCCACGGCAUGAAGGACAGCGGCGAGGGACUCGCCGGUGGCAGCGGCGGCGGCGCCAAGCCCCAGAGCGCGCUCUCGACGCGGGAGAUGUUCGGCAAGUGGGAGGAGGAGACGGGCUACCCCACCUCCUACCCCCUGCCCGCCAAGGAGAAGAGCCGCAGGGAGGCAGCUGCCGCGGCGGCGGCGGCGGCCGCAGCGGGAGGCGAGGCGGAGCCGGAGGAGAGCGUGUACCGCAGCCGCAAGCACAAGAAGGAGGAGAAGGCCAAGAAGAAGGAGAAGAAGGAGAAGGAGAGGGAGAAGAACCGGCGGAGCCCGUCGCCCAUGCCGCUGCCGCCCCCGCUGCACCGGGGCUCCAAGAGCCAGGAGCGGGACCGGCCCCUGUUCCCCGCCGCCAUGGCGGCCCGCGACGGCUCCCCGGCCUCGCGCAUGUCCAUCACCCGCGCCGACUUUGAGCAGAAGAUGUCCGCCAUGGACGAGAUGCCCGGCACCUCUCUGCCCAUCGAGAGGCGUGCCUCCAGGGAGCUGGCCGCCGCCGCCGCCAUCGCACCCCCCAAGAAGGACUCUGAGUUCCGCUCGGUGUUCAACCAGAUGCAGCUGGCUCAGCUGCGCCAGAGCCCCUCGGAUCUGUUCGCUCAGCACAUUGUCACUAUCGUGCACUACAUCAAAGCUCAACACUUCCGCUCCUCGGAUAUGAGUCUGAGCGAGAGGUUUGCCGUCUACCAAAGAAAAGCGGCCGAGGUAGAAAUGAUGAAGCCAAGGAAAAGCCCCGAGAUCCACAGGAGAAUCGAUCUCUCUCCCAGUGCCUUUAAGAGACACUCUCACCUGUUUGAGGAUGUGGAGGAGACCAGCUACAAGGACCCUAGUAAAAAGGUCAAAGGUGACGUGAUGGACCUGCGUCUGGAUAUUGAGAGGCGCAAGAGGUUCGCUGGGAAGGAGUCCAAGCGGGACGGGGCCAAGAGCUCCGGGGGUUCCCGCGGACCCAGCAGGGAGCGCUCCUCUGAGAAAGCUGGAAAGCACCACAAGAAGUCAAAGAAGAGCAAGAAGAAGCGGGACCGCUCUCCCUCUUCCUCCUCCUCCUCCUCCUCCCCCUCCCCGUACCCCCCUCCCUUCAGGGGGAAGGACUACGGGGGGGAGCCGCCCGGGGCCCCGGGGGACCACAUGGAGGAGGGCUACGGCCACGGCCGCUACCCUCCGCGGGACUACGCCGGCCCCAUGGACCGGGGCCCCCGUGACUACGAGGGCCACAACAUGGACCGGGGAAGGGGACGUGGCUUUUUUCCCAGGGUCCGGGGGAGGGGUUGGAACCGGGGUGGUUACCCAGGCAACAACAACAACAACAACAGCAGCAACGGUAACCCGGCCAACAACAUGAACCCCCCCGUGAGACCCCCCGACGAGGAGUGGGACCCCGAGUACACCCCGAAGAGCCGGAAGUACUACCUGCAUGACGACCGCGACGGCGAGAAGGGCUGGGUGGACACCAGGGGCCGCGGGCGGGGGGGCCCCUUCCCCGCCCGCCGGGGCCGCUUCGUCUACCGCAAGGGCGGGGCCAGCCCCAAGUGGACCCACGACAUGUUCCAGGGCGGGGAAGAAGGGGAGCUGGCUGACGACACCAUGGAGCUGGAGCACAAGGAGAGCAAGGCCGAGCCCGCCGCUCCCAAGUAGUGCGUCUUCACCACCUCCAGGCUGUCUGGGGGUCUCCUCCUCUUCCUCCUCCUCUGCGUCAUCUCCUCCUCACUCUCAGAGCGCUGUUUAGGAUCACAGAUUCGUUUGGGGAUUUUGAUUUGUCGUUUUUUUUUUGUUGCACUUUGAGUCCUCUCAUCUUUCUCUUAAGAUGUAAAGUUGGUUAUAAAUGUAUCGGCAAUUUUGUAAUAGGAGGGAAGAUUGGAGCGGGAAAAGGAGAGAUUGGAGUUAAUUGACCUAAAAUGGUCUGCGAGCGCUGGGUCUUAUGUGAUAUCGAGGCCCGUUUUGGUCGGUCGCCUUGCGAGGCCGUUAAUGUGGGCGAGACAGACAGACGGACAGGUCUUCUGAGAAACGCAUGAGUAGCAAAUUGCAUUUGUGCCUUAGAUUAACAUGGAGUUGACCUUAAUAGGGAGUCCGUACUGCUAGCUGUUAACCCUCUGUACCGCUCCAACUGAACAGGGUCGGGCAAACAGCGAAAGAUCAAAGGGUUUUACUUUUACUUUAAUUUAGGUUAAUGAAUUCAACUGUAUACUGCAUGGAAUGUUGAAUCAUUACGUUAAUUAAUUGCGUUUAUUCCACGGGACCAAUUAUAAAUACACAUACAGAAUUCGAUAUCCACGAUAUCCAUAAAGAAAGUCACCAUUCGCGCCCGCUGUUGUUUUCUCGGGUCUUCAGUUCAAUCUCCCUCCACGCGCUGCCACUCUGUCAUUUCGCUCGUCACCCGUGGGUGUUUUUAUCUGUAUUUUGACGUGUUCUCAUUGAUUGUGGAUAUGCUACCCUGCUUUUAAAUUCGGAGACUAUUAGUGACCGUGCCAUUUGGUUUGCUGUAGAGGUGUCGGUUACUGCUUAAGGGUGGUACAGCUGGCCUUUGUGUUCACAUUUUAUGAUAGGAUCAAAAAUAUUUGUUUUUUUUUACGAAGCGAUGAUAAUUACUUAGAUAUACGUUUGCGCUUCAGUUUUGGCAACAUACCGACGCUGCUGUUCAGUUAAAUCGUGCCCUUUUUUUGUUAUUUAUGGCCUGGGAAGAGGGAAAGAAGCGAUGAUCGGCUGUGAGAAGAUAUAACGACGGGAGACUGCAGCAGAGUAGCAGAACAUGUUGUCCGAUGCGCCUGUCCGUGCAGCCUGUUAGACUGGACUGACGCAACACAUAUAUAUGGAAUCGGUUUUGUUUCAAAUUGGAAGCUGAAAUGUAUUUUUUUUUUUUUACCGUUUCCUAAUCUUUGAAUUAUUUGUCCUUUUCAAUAAAUCUUUUAUUUGA